AUGAAAACUACGCUGGCCCUCGUCUACACCCUCCUCUCAUCCGUCGCUACAUCGCCGCUCCAGCCCCUCGCUUUGCGGCAUGCAGGCGCUCUCUCCCCACGAGACGACUGCCCCCAAUUCCAAAGCCGCGAGUUCCUCGUCCCACAACUCAUAGUCCCCAUCAGCGCCUCGCAGCCCGACCGCCAAUUCGGCUUCGUCUCCAACCCUAUCAUAACACCAAACGACAUCUGCACCAUCUUCAACCUCUACAUCCCCGGCACAGCCACAGGCCGCACAUGCACCCUCGAAUUCCUCCUGCACGCUCUCUCCUCCGCCAACCCGCCCUACAGCUAUAGCGGCAGCGGCUCCUUCUCCUUCUCGGGCUACGUAGGCUACGGCGCGACAGCAAUGACGACGUGGAAGACGCAGCCGCUGCCAGGAGACCUGAGGUACAAUCCGCCGAAUCAGACGAUAGUGCCGGGGAAUCGGUAUGUGCUGAACCAGCCGUAUCCGGGGAGCUGCUUGGUCAAUGGGAGUAUGAGUUAUUUGGAGGUUGGCGGGAGGCUUUGUUCGAGUGAUACGAGCUUGACGUAUUUUCAGGAUUGGAAUAGGUGCCCGACUGGGUUCUUGGUGGAGAUAUCUUUAGGAAAACAUGCGGAAGGAGGUAUAUACAAAUGA